AUGAUGGGGAGCGGCCAGCUCCAUUAUUCCGUGCCUGAGGAAUCCCAGCAUGGCACCUUUGUGGGCCGCAUCGCCCAGGAUCUGGGGCUGGAGGUGGAAGAGCUCAUGCCUAGGAUGUUCCGGAUGGAGUCCCAAGGAGAUGGGGACUAUUUCAAGGUAAAUGAGCAGAAUGGGAUUUUGUUUGUUAAUUCUCGGAUAGACAGGGAGGAGCUGUGUGGUAAAAGCCCAAUAUGCAGUAUUCACCUGGAGGUGAUUGUGGAUAAACCCCUGACUGUCUUCCAUGUGGAAGUGGAGAUUGCAGACAUAAAUGACAAUGCCCCUGUUUUCUCAGUCAGAGAGCAGAAUUUAGCUGUCUUAGAAUCGAGAGUGCAAGGUUCCCAUUUCCCAAUAGAAGAAGCUUCUGAUGCAGACAUUGGUAGCAAUGGCCAGGUAAACUACAAGCUCAGCCCCAAUGAAUAUUUUUCUGUGGAAGAGAUAAAGAAUUAUGAGCACAGCAAGUCUUUGGUUCUGACAUUAAAAAGACCACUGGAUCGUGAAGUAUCUGCAGAGCAUCACCUGCUCCUUUCGGCAUCAGAUAGUGGGCAGCCAGCACUCACAGGCACAAUCCUGCUGAUAAUAACUGUGGUCGAUGUCAAUGACAAUGCACCUGCCUUUAACCAAUCAGUUUACAAAACUGAAUUAUUGGAAAACUCUGCAAUGGGAACAUUAGUUAUUAAACUGGAGGCAAGCGAUUUGGAUGAGGGGAUUAAUAAAGAGAUUUCCUAUUCACUUAGCAACCUUGUUGCUCCAAGAAUAAAGGAAAUGUUUAGCAUAGAUCCUAAUAAUGGAGAACUUAGAGUAAAAGGAACUGUGGAUUUUGAAGAGAGUACAACAUAUGAUAUUCAAAUUGAAGCAAGAGAUAAAGGUGGUUAUCCUUUGUCUGGACAUUGCAAAGUUAUCAUUAAGGUUUUGGAUGUGAAUGACAAUAGUCCUGAGAUGUCACUGAAGUCACUAUCUGUGCCAGUUGCAGAGGACUCCCCACCAGGGACAGUGGUGGCUCUGAUCAGCAUCUCAGACAGGGACUCUGGGGCUAACGGGCAAGUGAGCUGCUCUGUGACUCCCUCCCACCUACCCUUCAAGCUAUUGUCCACUUUCAAGAAUUACUACUCUCUGGUGGUGGCUGAGCCCUUGGACCGGGAGCGGGAAGCAGAAUACAAGCUGGUAGUGACUGCCCAGGAUCAAGGGACUCCAUCACUAUCAACCAGCAGCACCCUGGUGGUACCCAUUGGUGACGUGAACGACAACGCUCCUGCUUUUCCUCAGUCUUCCUACACAGUCUUUGUGAAGGAGAACAACCCACCGGGUGCUCACAUCUUCACGGUGUCUGCCUCGGACCCAGAUGUGGCUGAGAACAGCCUGAUCAGCUACUGGCUGGACGAGAAGCUCUGGCCCCUGUCAAGCUACAUCUCGGUGCACUCAGAGAGUGGGAAGCUCUAUGCUCUUCAGCCCUUGGACUAUGAAGAGGUGAAGCUGCUGGAGUUCCAAGUGAGGGCCAAGGAUGCUGGGCUGCCCUCCCUGUGUGGCAAUGUGACGGUGCAAGUGUUUGUGGUGGAUGAGAACGACAAUGUGCCAGCUGUGACUGUACCAGUAGAGGAGGCUCCCACCCUUCUGGUGGUCCCCCUGACAGCUGGGCAUGUGGUGGGCAAGAUCCGUGCCCUGGAUGCUGACUCGGGCUACAACGCAUGGUUGCGCUAUGAGAUGCAUGAGGGGUCCAGUAGGCUUUGGCGGGUGGGACUGUACAGUGGUGAGAUCAGUACAACACGUGCCCUGGAAGAGGCAGAGGGCAGCAGCAGUCAUAGUUUGCUGGUUGUGGUGAAAGACCAUGGGAAGCCCGCUUUGUCAGCCACCGCCACACUGAGUAUUUCGUUGGUGGCCAGUGUCCAAGCCCUCCCAGCUGAUGCCCGCCUUCCCAGAAGGGGAGGGAGCCCCAAUCCCCUGGCAGAUAACAUGAACAUCUACCUCAUCAUAGCUAUCUGCGCAGUGUCCAGCUUGUUCCUGCUGGCCAUCAUUGCGUAUAUGGCCCUGCGGUGCCAUUGCCAGCCUAAGGAGGCCAUGGUGUAUGGUCCUGGAACAGCCACGCUGGUGUGUGCCAGUGAGGUGGGCAGCUGGUCCUAUUCAAAUCGUCACAGUCACAUCUUGGGCGUGACAGGAGACUCCAAUGCCAAAAGCGACCUCAUGGUUUUCAGUCCCAACAUACCUGCUUAUGCAGAAAAUGGAAAACCGCAGGAUCUGCUCUGUGCAACGGUUAGUAACCCCUCUUUUAAUUCAUAUAGUUUGUUCAGAACAUUUGUUCAAUAA